AUGACAGAUAAUAGCUACUGGCAAUUCCAACAAACAAUGGUAGAUGCUCCCUUGAUGUUACCACCACAACCUCAGGUCCCCUUACCACCGCAACAACAGCAACAGCAACAACAACAGCAGUCAUGGUCCGAAGAAAACGAAAAGAGAAAAUGGGCUCAACAAGGUUUUGGCGAUUUCGACAUGAGUAACCAUACCAACAAGAUAUUCCACAUGGACGAUUACAGUAAUCAAGAUCCCAGUGAAGGCGAUAGUCCAGACAGUGCAGGAGGAGCACCACAAAGACGAAACGAUUUGGUGUCCGAAUCAUCGCUGUUUCAGGGUGGAGAUCAAAAGCAAAGACGUAAGGAACAGAACCGGGCUGCACAAAGAGCUUUUCGAGAGCGUAAAGAAAGAUAUGUAAAAGAACUUCAGUUAAAGAUCCGGGAAAUGGAAAAGAAGCAUGAAGCGGAAGUGACACGUGUCAAGAAAGAGAACGAGUCAUUGAAGGAACUGGUAAAGAAGAUGGAAGCAGAGAUUUAUACAUUAAAAGGAGCUGCUAUUGCUUUUGAUGUGUCGAUUCAUAAGUUACGUGAAGCUGGUCUUGACGUGCAACAACUACAUCCUCGUGAUUCACCUUCACCGCCUCAUUCUGAUAGACAAUCGCCUACCCGAAGCAACUCCAACGAGAGACGUCAUGAGUUUGAGCGCUUUAAGACCUACAGAAACGAUCAUUUGAUGUCGACGGAUGAAGAUAAUGAUGAAGAAGGAGAAGAAGCGAGUUUUGCUGAACGUGAAAUAUCCAGGUUUGAUCAUAAAGUGGAUCCCAUCAUUAAUUCCGGUAUCAAGCUCAUCCCCUGUUCUCAAAUAUGGGAACGAUUGUCACAGCAUCCCAACUUUGAUGAAUUUGAUAUGGACAGAUUAUGUGAAGAGCUGAAAAAGAAGGCGAAAUGUUCUGGUACGGGUCCAGUUAUUCCAGAGUCUGAAUUACAAGAAGUCUUGAGAAGAAUGGACUUUGGCACCGCAUGA